AUGGAGGAACUACAAAACGAAUUCGACAAAAUGAAAAUAAAGUCGGACGCCGAGGAAGAAGAGCAGGAAGGGGAAGAAUCUGGGCAGGAAAAAAUAUCCCAAAGAAAGUUGAGGUACUUAAAAAUGAAAGAAAAGAAAGAAGAAGAAAAAAAGCAAAAGAAGCGAGGAACGAAAGGUGCAAGUAAUAAAAACGACGUAGAGGGUAAUAGCAAAGUUAAAAAUGACUACAAGGAUGAACAGAAAGAUGGGGGCAAUUUACGAGAUGACGAAAAUGCAAAUGACGCUUCGAGUAAUUUAAAUGAAAAUAAUGAGGAGGAUCAGAACGCUGCGUCAGAAAGUCCCCUGAGAAAUAAGGCAGCGAAAUGUGAGCCCGUCCUCGUGGACUACUGUAAAGUGUGCGGGAUGCCCUACGAAUACUGCGAGUACGGAAACUCCUUCACCCAAUGUAAGGAGGCGAACAAGGAGAAGUACAACUAUGACAUUGUAAAGGGCGACGGGGAAACGAGCAACAAGCGGCAAUCGAAGAAGACCCCCCAGAAUGCGACUCAAAAAAUUACCAUACAAAAAACCACGCGGGCACGAAAAAAAGUUGUUACCGUUGUUGUAGGGUUACAUACGUAUGUCAAAUUGGACAAGAUGGCAAAAAUAUUUUCACGCUUCUAUGCAUGCGGUGCGUCCGUUAUCAAGGGGGCAAAUGGGGCCCCCGAUCAGAUAGACAUACAGGGAGAUGUCGAACAUAACAUUGUCGAAGUCAUAAUGAAGAACUGCCCCGAAAUUCCUGAAGGCGUCUUCGUAACGCUUCCCCCCAAAUAG